AGGGCAAUGAAACACAGACCAAAAUAAAGCCCGGCUCGUAGUUUUCGACCUUUUAAUAGUUGCACGGGCGCUGCGUGGGGACAGAUAGCGCGCUCUGCACACGGGCUCGCACGGCUCUUGUUUUUGUCUGGGCUAGCCGCGUUAGCAUUUAGCUCGCGGGCUAAGUGUUUAUAGAGAAGCCCCGAGCCGCGUUCUACCGUCCUAAAUAAUAUGAGUACAGCGCUCUAGCAGGGCCGAGGCGCUGUGUAGGACUACGAGUUGAGUACAGGAGCGUGCUGCUCGGGGAUAUAGUGUGAGAGAUGGAGGCCUCGGUUAGAGCGGAUAUUUAGCAGGCCUAAACUCCUGCCCGUCUUCACCGAAAAGCCACUUUGUUAGCUGCACGGCUAACACCAGGCUAGCAGCCUUAUCCAAUAAAUAAGUGAAGGAAGCGGAGUCGCGGUGCACACGGUACAGCCCUGAAGGCAGCCUUGCUGCAGUACCAGACCCGGUGCCGGGGUUAGGAUCAGCCGUUUCCCUUACGCUCCCCCCCACACACCUUUAAGCAAACUUUAGCUCGAGGGAAAAGUCGGCUAACAACAUUUAGCAUCAGCUGGCUAACAACACCGCUGUCUAUUUAAUUAGCUGACGUUAGCUAGCUUAUCCAUUCCCUGCAGCCCUUACCGGCUAUUAGAGCCAGGGAACGCAAGUGAAGAGACGUGUUUUAGACACGUUUCACUUCAGUACAACACAGGGAUAAUAAAUAGGUUGCUAGUAAGGUGACGAACGGUAUGUUCAGUGCCACGAGAAAGAAGUUUGUAGAGGGGGGCGAAAGCGACUACCCUGAUGAUAUAUACUAUAGCCAGCCGUCGAUGUUCCCUCAUCGAUCGGAGAAAGAUAUGCUGGCAUCUCCUUCGCCGUCAUCGUCAGGUCAAUUGUCGCAGCUUGGUGCAAGUUUGUAUGGUCCUCAAAGUGCACUAGGCUUCUCAAUAAGAAGCAUGAGCAACAACAACCCUCAGUUAAACCGCAGUUUAACACAAGGUACUCAGUUACCGAGCCAUAGCACCCCAACAACGGGGGUCCCAACCAUGUCUCUCCAUACUCCGCCUUCGCCAAACAGGGGCAUUCUGCCUAUGAACUCCAGGAACAUGAUGAAUCACUCGCAAGUGGGCCAGGGCAUGAGUCUGAGUGGCAGGACAAACAGUAUGGGAAGCUCAGGCCUUGGCAGCCCUAACCGCAGCUCGCCCAGCAUCAUCUGCAUGCCAAAGCAGCAGCCGGCACGCCAGCCCUUCACCAUCAACAGUAUGUCAGGUUUUGGAAUGGGUCGAAGUCAGGGGUUUGGUAUGAACAACAUCUUUAAUGGAACAGAUGGGAGUGAAAAUGUGACAGGACUGGACCUCUCGGACUUUCCAGCAUUAGCAGACCGAAGUCGGAGGGAAGGAAAUGGAAACCCAACACCGUUGCAUAACCCCUUGGCUGGAAGGGCUCCCUAUGUUGGGAUGGUCACAAAGCCAUCAACUGAACAGUCCCAAGACUUCUCGAUUCACAAUGAGGAUUUCCCUGCACUGCCUGGGCCCAACUACAAGGACCCAACAUUGAGUGCAGAUGAAAGCAAAUCACAGAACUUGAACUCAUCAACCAAGAGCAGCUCCAGUGCAGAUGGCCCCAAGUUCCCAGGCGACAAGACAUCAGCACAGAAUAACAACCAGCAGAAAAAGGGGAUUCAGGUGUUGCCUGAUGGUAAGGUGACAAACAUUCCCUCAGGAAUGGUAACGGAUCAGUUUGGAAUGAUCGGACUGCUAGCCUUCAUCCGAGCAGCUGAAACAGACCCUGGAAUGGUUCAUCUGGCGUUAGGAAGCGACCUGACCACACUGGGACUCAACCUCAACUCUCCAGAGAAUCUGUAUCCCAAGUUUGCAUCUCCUUGGGCUUCUGCACCAUGCCGACCACAGGACAUCGACUUCCAUGUGCCCUCUGAGUACUUAACCAACAUUCAUAUAAGGGACAAGCUUGCUGCAAUAAAACUAGCACGUUAUGGGGAGGACCUGCUGUUUUACCUCUACUACAUGAAUGGAGGAGAUCUCUUACAGCUUCUGGCUGCUGUGGAACUCUUUAACCGAGACUGGAGGUACCAUAAGGAAGAGCGGGUGUGGAUUACAAGAGCACCUGGCAUGGAACCCACUCUGAAGACCAACACUUAUGAGAGGGGGACAUACUACUUCUUUGAUUGUCUUAACUGGAGGAAGGUUGCUAAGGAGUUUCAUCUUGAAUAUGACAAGCUUGAGGAGCGUCCUCAUGUACCAACCACCUUCAACUACAACCCGGCACAGCAGGCCUUCUGAACCGGAGGUGCUCAGGCUCUCUGAGCUGCAGGAACAGACCUCAGCACUAGACUUGGCCAACCACAAUCUGCUUUUAUUCCUCACCUGUCUGGACAAGGACUGCAGGAGGAGGGCAGGGGGUCUCUACCUUAACCAGUGAGGGGGAGACACCAUGCCUUACCAAUAAUGUGCUGCCCAAAAUGACACACACAAACACACCCUUACACUGUUUUUAAAUAUUCUCAUACCCUCUUUCUUUUCUUCCUAUUCAUUUUGAGCACCAGUCUGUAUUUUGUUUACGCCUCAGAUCAAAAGCCUGUUUGGUCUCUGGCAGGAGAACUGACUUGCAGUACGACAAAAAGGCUACGUUUCGUUUUCCGAAACGUACCAUGUUAGUAAACAGGACAGACACAAAAAUCAAUCCAAUACAUGUGAAUACAAAAGGGCGGAAGAAAAAUGCAAUGUUCAUUGUUGCACUAUUUAGUAAUAAAAGAACACAAAAAUUG